AUGGGGCAGAUGCUGGGAGAACAGCCAGUCUGGUGCGUGUCUAAACACAGAACAGCAGAUAAUCACGUCUCCAAGCUGCAGCAGAUGAAAAGUGUCAGAAAAAAUCCCACUGAUGGCCUUAAAGGCGAUGGAGAACAGCACACUGGAUGAAACUGUGUUUUUGUUGCAGGUCGCUGACAACAACAUGCCCAAAGAUCCAGACUUACACCGCUGCAAUAUUAAGUUGAUGUUUAUGGUCAAGUGCUUUAUUUAGAUGAUGCAACGUUGAGUCCAGUGCUUGAAAGGCCUCUCUCUAAAAACGACCAGAGACCGUCUCAAACAGAAACAGUCCUGAGGAACCUUUGUGGAAACACAUUUGAGCACAGUGUGUGUUAGAUCUGCAGGAGCGCUGAUCCCCCACUCAUUCCCUCCUAAUGUUAUUAGGAACGAUGAGCUUAAGGUGCACCUGUGGUCCGUGCUGCUGGAAGUCCUGGACCAUCUGUCUGAUCUGUGUUUUAGUCUGAUGGACAGAUGGGGACAGACUCUGAUGUCACUCACGCUCUGACACACGGGCUCUAGCAGAACCAGAAUCUGAGGACUCAUCCCUUUCAGUGGAAACAAGAGAGCCUCGUCUGCAGGCUCUCAGCAUCGUGUUGAUCAAGUCUGGGCUUCUUCAGCAUCGUGUCACUCUCGGAGGCAGAGCUGUGAGGUAGACCACGCUGCUGAUCCAAGUCUCAGCAGCUGACCUGCGCUGGAGGAGCAGAAGUCAUCGAACUGGAAACGUUUGCUUCCUCACUUCCUGAAGGUAGAACGCUUUUCCUCUGAGCUGGAGUUUCUGUUUCCUCCUCAGGAGUCUCCGGGACACACGAACCUGAGAAACAUUCACUGGCAUAGAGGCAUUGCAGCAGCCCACCUAAACGGAGCAGAAUGGAUGGUGUAUGUCUGAAGAUGCCCCAGGCUGUUGCCUUGCUGGAAGUCAAAGUGACCAUGGCUGAUUACCUCUCUAUAUUGGAGGAGACAGAGUAUGAAUUCAGCUUGGAGAACUGGGUGCUCACUGGGCUUCAGAAUGACUUCACCAACCAUCACACAGCUCAGCUCUCCUCCUCCCCUCCACGAGGACUUCUGCCUUCCUGUCCGCCAUACUGGAUGCUGUUCAGCAGCCCACAGCAGAGCCGCCUGGCCAGCCGUCACGUCUCUGAUUUGUGGGAGCCCAACCCUCGGCAGCGCUCCCUCAGCCUCAAUGCUGUCAUGCGCACCGCAUUUACCGACUCAGACUCUGACGAUGAAGGAGAUAACACCACACCAGUCAAUGCGGACCUAGGGAACGCACACAUCACUAUUUCACCCCAGCAUCACCAGAGAAAAGCACAGAGAGCCUUUGUCCCCAACUUUUUGAAUCCUCCAUCGUGUCUGAGCAGCUUGCCACACCAGAACAGGAGGAACCUGCGUCAGUGUUCCUUCUCCGUGAUGGAAGGAACCACACAAUCCUGCUUCCCCAGAGACACAACAGUCAAGCCCGCAACCAGCAACCAGAACACACAGUCUAGGACCCAUCACACACCAGAGGCCUGUACGAAGCCUCCGAGCUCCUCACCCCCCAUGGGUCAUGCUUCUGCUCUAGACUCGUCCACAGAACUCCUGUCAGCUCUGAGCCCAAAAGAGAGGGAGAUUUUGGAAGCCAUUACUGCUCAAGGCUAUAGCCUUCGUACCGCUAUCACCGCCCUGCAGAGGACUGGGCAGCAGACCCCAGAUCAG